CUCCCGCUGCCCCAUGAGCGCGACGGCGGCCCUCGCUGAGGGGGCGGCCCCGGCGGAGGGGGCCGCCGUGCCCUACGCCGUGGAGCUGGGGCUCACCGUGCUCCACACGGCUCUCUACGCCGCCCUCUUCCUCUUCGCCUACCUGCAGCUCUGGCUGCUCCUCUACUACCGGGAGCGGCGGCUGAGCUACCACACGCUCUGCCUCUUCCUCUGCCUGCUCUGGGCAGCCCUCAGGACCACCCUCUUCUCCUUCUACCUGCAGAACUCCCUGCAGGCCCUCCGCCUCCAGCAGCCCUUUGCCCACUGGCUCCUCUACUGCCUGCCCGGCUGCCUACUCUUCUCCAGCCUCUGCCUCCUCAACCUCUAUUUCGCUGAGGUCAUAUUCAAAGUGAAAUGUGCAGCUGAAUUCAACAAGUACAAGGUCCUGUUGUACCUGGGCUCUGUAUUUACCAGCCUCCUCUUCCUAGUAGUGAACUUAACUUGUGCAAUGCUAACUCAUGGUGAGGUCCCAGAGAACCAGCUAAGAUGGACAGUCCUUGCCCGUGCCCUAGUCAAUGAUAGCCUCUUCAUCCUCUGUGCCAUCUCACUGGCUUGCUGCAUGUGCAAACUGGGAAAAAUGUCUUCAGCAAAUGUCUACCUCGAGUCUAAGGGAACAUCUGUGUGCCAGGCUAUUCUUGUCGGAUCUGUAGUUGCUCUUCUGUAUUCCUCAAGGGCUUGCUAUAACUUGGUAGCUGUGGCCAUAUCUCCAGACGAUGUUCCUGGUCCUUUUAACUAUGGCUGGGACAGCCUUUCAGAUAAGGUGCGUGUGGAAGUGAGCAGUGAGGAAUAUGUGGUGUUUGGAGUAGUUCUCUUCCUCUGGGAGCUGGUGCCAACGACGUUUGUGGUGCUGUUCUUCCGGGCUCAGAGACUGAGUCAGAACUUGACUCCGGCAGGAAUGGUCAAUAGUCAUAGUUACAGCUCCAGAGCCUACUUCUUUGACAAUCCAAGGCGCUAUGACAGUGAUGAUGACUUGUCACGGCUUGGGGCCAGAGAAGGCGGCUUGGCCACCCCUCAGUGCUCUGGCUGCUAUGGGUCCCUGGCUGGGAACGACAGCUACGCGGUGGGUCCCCAUCUCAGCGGAACUACUACAGACAGUGCCCCUUUGCUCUUUGCUGCAGGCGGCUCGGAGUUGAAUAAUCACCAUAGCUCAUGCCCUGCACCACAGAACUGAAGAGGCUGGAAGGGCCCUUUCUUCCUGAAGUGGCAUUCAUGUAUAGGAUUGUAAAUCUGGUUUUCUCUCUUCCUCUUCCCUGAAGCAUUUAACUCAUCGACACAAACAUUCCACUACCUGCUGUGGCCGUAAGCAGGACUGAACCUAUGGCUGCAGGCAGUAUGAACUGUGACUUUAAGGUACCAUGUAGCAAAGUGAAGCUGAACUCUCUGGAAGCUUUUUCUUGGUCUGGUCUUCAAGUUGUUGGCAGCUAAAUGCACCAGAGCUUCCUCACUAGAAAGAAACAUCAAAUGCAUAUUUGCACUUUUAUCUGCACACUUGGAAGGAAUGAAUCUUGCUCAGACUGUGCUUGGUCUGAGACUGUUCUAGUUACUCUUUUACUUGCACAUCUAUAGCUGGGAGAGGCACUGUCUUCCUGCAAAGGUUGGAGCUUCUAGACAUAUUCCAUGAAGUACUCUGCAUCCUGACUCACUUGGGGGUGUGAUGCUCUUUGUUAACUGAGCAUGUUAUGGGCAGGGACUCCUGCAAUGAAUGUUACAGCGUACUGUGCCAUAUUCACACCCUGCAGGGCUGAUGCCUCUGGGCUGAGUGUGGUUUUGCUCUGACUGCUGGUCCUUGUUUCACCUGAUUUGCUAUACUACUCUGAGGAGUGUGGAUUCAGAGCUAAGUUCAAAGCAUACCCAGAGUGAAGGCCUUUAACAUCUGAGACUGAGUGCUCCUGCUGGCAUUAAGAUCACUAAAUUGUAACCAACCCACUAGAUUAUGGUGAAGGAAGAAGGUUGGCUAGGGCAGUAGCUGCUGUCAAGUGUUUGGGGGUAGGUGGGUUGGGGGUAAGUGUUAAGAUUUUGUAGGCUGGCUUCUUCCAGGAAGGCUUAGGGAUAGAGCUGGGUCAGUACAAGUGUGUGUGUGUGUGUGUGUGUAAGAACACAUUUGACCAAAGUGCGUGUAAAACUAUAAUUACAAAACUAUGAUUACUCUACCCAAUGGGUUGUGAGAGCUGUCUCGUUUCCUCCUCUUCACUCAUGCCCCAUGCCCAAGUAUUAAGUUGCAUUUGGCAGAUAACCAAGCUUUUUAACCUGAGCAAAUGUGAACUAACAGGGUCCCCCACUAAGGUGGAAGAGGGCUCUGGUUGUGGAGACAGCAUGUGUUGUGUGAGGGAAUUGGGAAGCUGCAGAAAACUGGUCUCUGGGGUUUGUUCCCCUCCCUCAUCUCUGACUGUUCCCUCCCAUGCCCUUGAGCAGGCCACAGGACUUGUCACCAGUGCUUCAUGGUGUACAUGACUUGAACAUGCUGGGUCACAGUUUGGGAGGAUGUUGAUUUCAAAGUCACUUUCUGUUUCUCUUCAGCUAGCCAGAACAGGCAAGUUUAGACCUGGCCCAUAGCUGUGUAGGCUCUUGGAGACUAGAAGACUUUGCAUUUAAGACUUCAUGUUACUCAUGGCUUGUUUCUGAGCCCUGUGUGGGCAGCUUUGGACACAUGCUUAGAUGGAGUCACUGGUCCAGGGGGGACAGCUGCUCUGUCUCUGACCUCUUAGUGAAAAUUUGAACUGGAACUGCUUACCUGUCUGGAGCUGCUCCUGCUGUUCAAACAAGCAAGUCUAACACUGAAAGCUUGAAUUCAGAUCCUGCUGGGGCAGGGACUCAACUGUAUGGAGUGGUACUAAGCUGGCCUGGCUUUGUGGGUUGGGGAUGCUGUGGGCUGGGUGCUGGAGGGACUUUGAGGCAGCCUCAGUGUCUACAGCUGCAUGUGAGAACAUGCAAGUGCUGGGGCAGCUCUGACCUUUUCUCACUUGCUGUGUGCUCACUGGUAUAUCCUGGUCAACAUAUUAGCCACCUUGCUUCUACUGAGCUAGAUGUCACUUGUCACACUGAGAACACUGUGUCCCUCUGUCUGAUCCCCCUGGUCCUGGGCUGUGCUGGCUCAUGAGCCUGUACAUGCUAACCUGCUUUACUCUUGCUGCCCCAAAAGAGGAGUGACCUCUGCUUCUGUUUAGAGAAGGCUCUGAGACAGUGAUUUUUCACUGCAUCCCUCUUGCUCUCAUACUUGACCCAGAGAGCUCCACCAUGACUGCUGUGGCUUUCCUGGCUGCUUAAUCUUACAUGUUGUAAGAGACCUGUCCUCUUGCAUUGGCUGGGAUACAGAAACAGGUUGCUCCAUCUCAAUCACUGCUUGACUUAUGGCAAAGCUAAUGAAGGACUUGGGCUCCAUGUAUUGCCCUUCUCCCAUAAGUCACCAAAGACGAUAAGUGACGCUAGCGGCCCCUGUUCUUGCUUAAAUUCCAAAGCACUAGGAGCACUUUAAGAUUUUCUUGGAGGGAAGGGAGUGUAGUGCAAAAAAUAAUAAUAAAUUUAAAGGGCUACAGGCUCAUUGUUCAUAUUGCACUGAAGCACAUAACACCAAUAUGAUCUUCCUGGCAUUAGGAUCACAGGUCGGGGCAGUGAGUCUCGUUGCUAAGUGUACUCAUGAGUGACUGGCAAAGUGUUUUGGUUUUAUUCAUUUGUACGGAUGGCCGUUAAUUUCAAAACUGACAGCUCGUGUUGGAGCUGAUCUUGUGUUUUACUGAAGUAAUUUAUAGCUGAAAAGUACAAUGACUUUUUUAAUGCAUAGUUGCCUUUCAUUAAACUUUCUUUUUUUGGUAUGGUUUAACAGUGUUUUGGCUUUGCAGUCGGGCAGCAGCUGGCUGCAACAGGAAGCUGUGGCCAAUGAAUGUACCUAUUUGUUCUUCACUAAACUGUAACCAAGCA